AUGUCUGGUAGGCCAAAGGUCAAUAGAAUGAGACAUGUUAGUCAAAAUGAAGGAAAGUUUGGUACAAUAAGAGUACAAACCCCAAGAACUAUAAGAAAGGAUACAAGAAUGCAACCAGGGGACCAAUUCCUAUGCCAACAAAGAAGAACAGAAGGAAAAAUAAGGAACAAUGUGAACCAACUAAAGCAUCAGUUGAUACAUUUGAGAGGUAACAUAGAUGCUCAUGUUGAACGUAAGGUAUUUGAGGGGAAAAUGAAAGAUUUUCUUGACAAUAAAUAUAUUAAUGAUGACAGUUUGAUUGAGAUGAUGUCUAAUUAUGAAGAGAAAGGCAUUGAUAAUGAAGACCAACAACAAGAUUCUACAAUGAAUGAAGUGGUAUUAACCAACUCAGAAGUUUGUGUUAGACAACUAAAGCCUAAUGAUGAAUGUGAUGAGGUUGUGGAUACAAUUAAUCAAAUUCUACAAGGUAUAAAUGAAAUGGAUCAAUUUCAUGAAGGUAAUGAUGAAAAAUGUAAUGAGGAUGUUGAACUUGGCAUGAAUAAAACACUUGAUGAGGUUAGAGAUGUAAUGUAUGAUAUUUUUCAAGGUAAUGAUGAAAAAAAUGAAUAUGAGAAUGAGGAUAAUCUUGAACUUGAAUUCACUAAGGGAAAUGCAAGUGAUAUUCUUCCAAAGAUGUUGAGGAUCGAUAUUCAAUAUGUUGAGGAUGGUGUUAUAACUGAUGGUAAGAUGGAGGGAAAUGAGGAUGAUAGUCUUAUAAAUAAUGGUGUGAUGGAGGGAAAUAAGGGUAAUAGUCUUAUAAAUUGUGGUAAGGGUGAUAGUAGUGAGCAACUGCAGUACGAGGCACAUAUGGAGGGAAAUAAUGUUGAUGAUGAAGGGAAUAUACAACUCAGAAGGACAAAAAAAACCUCGGAAAGGAUCAUCCUAUAA